AUGCCGCCUGUUCAGCUAGUGGGGGAUUUCCCCGGCAUUUCUCUAGGUAAUAUCGUUGGACGCGAUUUGACUACACACUCAACACGCUCGCCACCCCCAGAAGUAGCGAAUACCCUCGUCCGCCGAGCAGACGACACGGCCAAUUACAUUCCUGGCCAUGGGACCGUCGACCCUAAGAGCAUCAAUAUGGGGGGCUUACUAGCCUUGUUUGCAAUUAUCGGGGCUGCAAUUGUUCUCGCAGCCAUCUGGUUCUUCUUCUGGGCCAAGAACGGGGGCUGUGUCUGGAGAGAAGGCGACUGGGAAGAAUACAAAUCGACCGUGCUGCGACGUAAAGGCCCCGAUGGCCGAACCCUCAGUAACGCCACGAGGAGCACAAAGCUCGGCGGUGGGAGCAUUGUCGGCAAAGGCUACAGCGACGAUGGAUACACGGUCACGGACAGCGGCUAUACGGAAACCGCAACGACGAUUACCGAAAAGGAAGGGGACCACAAGCGCAAGCGCAACUUCCGAGACAAAUUCCGCCGCAAACACCGUAACGAGAACUGGGAGGGCGAAGCCGACGAGGACGUGGUCGCCUACCGAAAGGAGAAGCCCGCUCGGAUCGGCGGCAUCAACCGCGAAGCAGACGGGACAUACCACGGCAGCGACUACGACACCUCCAACCCACCCAGCCACUACAACGCGAGCGAGAUGACCGAGACACGCGACUACGCCUACGAGCCGGCCCGGCAGACCCGCAAUUUCUCCUUUACGCCCGGCACCGAGGAAGUCCUCAGCCAGACCACCGACGAGCGCCAGCAGCUCCGCGAACCCUCCACCCGCCGCCACAACCGUCGCCGCGAGCGACGGCGCAACCCCCCAACCUCCUCUUCGCGCCAGAGCAGCCCGCGCAAACGCGACUCGCGCUCCAUACCAGGCCACUACACCGAGCCCUUGGACUUCUCGUCCGCCGGUUCCCGCUCCGAAUACCAUUACUCCAACGUGGAAACGGAGGACGGGUCAGGAACCAAAAGCCAUUACCACCCCAUCCCGGGACUCAGCAAGGGCUACCGUCGCGAAGGCGGCCACGGCAGACGACGAGACAGUUUGAGUGACAGCGACGGCGACGAAACGCGGUACUCGUAG